AUGUCGUCCCAUGUACUAGUCAUUGGGGGCUCUGGAGCCCAAGGCAUACCCGUCGUGAAAAGCGAGCAUUCUGCAGUGUUGACGCGUGAUUCAACCUCUGAAAACUCUAAGUAUCUAGCAACUCUUCCGAAAGUGUCGCUAUAUGUAGGCCAAACCGACAACGAUGAGGACCUCAAGGGUGCAUUUUCUGGAAUCGAUCUCGCCCACGUCAAUUUGAACAGUUUCGCCAUUGGAAUCAAGAACGAACUUUACUGGGGAAUCCGGAUCUACGAAAUCGCCGUUCAAGCUGGUGUGAAACACUUUAUCUGGUCUUCGUUGGAUAGAUUCAUGGCUGAGACAAAUUAUGACGAUGAAAUCCGAGUUGGUCAUUACUACGGCAAGGCCUAUGUUGAGCAGUGGCUUUCUGCUAUUCCACAACGGAAAGAUUCAACGCGAUGGUCUAUCUUGACCACGGGACCCUACAUCGAAAUGCUUUCUGAGAUGCUGCGACCUCGUCAGAGGGAUGAUGGAACGUACGUCUUUGAGGCGCCCCUCGGAAAUGGCUUGGUUCCGUUUGUUUAUCUUGAGGAUUUGGGUCACUACGUGAAUUGGAUAUUCUCCAACCCAGACCAAUCCGCUGGACUGAAUGUCAAAGUAGCAAUAGAACAUGUUUCGUACGAGUACCUUGCAGCCACAUUCACCAAGGUCACUGGGAAACCCGCUAUCUAUCGCAAUAUCUCGUUCGACGAAUUGUUCACCGUUGGACCUCUCAGCAGCGUUGCGGAAGUUAAGCUUGGGCCCGAAAAGUACCAAGAUGAUCCAACUCUGUUGUCGUAUCGGCAAAACUUCACGGCUUGGUGGAAGCUUUAUCAACGCGCGGGGGAGGAUCGAAACAUACUCAAGCGUGACUAUGACUUCCUGGACCGUAUCUUCCCAGAGAGAGUGCGGACUGUCGAAGAGUGGAUGCGAAAGGUUGACUAUACCGGUGCUGCUCGAGCCGUGCUAAAGACUGCAUGAGAAUCGCAGUGAAUCUUGAACCUGAC